AUAAUGAGGGGAAGCCAUCGUUUAAGCUAUCUGAAUUAGUGUUCGUUAUGUAUAAAGAUGAGAAAUUGCAAGCUAAGGUGGAGAAGGCACAAAAGCCGGUGGAAGCUUCUCAAAGUGGAGUAAAAAG